AUGGAGCAACAGGUCCUCCAGCUCCUCCAAGCGACAACCCGACCGGAUACAGCCGUCAUUAGAGAUGCCGAGCAAAAUCUUCUGCGACUCUAUCCUCAGGUCGAGUUCCCUUUCGCGCUCUUGACCAUAGCCUCACACGGCGACAUCGAGCCCAGCUCUCGCAAGGCUGCACUGACGGCUCUGAAGAACUACGUCUCCACCACGUGGUCGCCACAGUUCGACGAGACAUUCACAGGCAAUGUGUAUCUCAACGACGAAGCCAAGUCCAGCGUCCGUGACCGAGUCUUCGCCAUCUGCACGCUGGCGGGCGAGCAAGCACCGAAAGACGCAAGUAUUCAAGCCCUUGCCGCUGGUGUCGCCAGCAAAAUUGCCAGUGUCGACUUUCCUGACGCGUGGCCCUCACUCCUACCCUCGCUACUCACCAUUCUGAACACGUCGACAGAUGACGCACCCAUUCAUGGCGCGUUACGCGUCCUCUCGGAACUGAUCGAUGAGGGCUUGACCGAAGAACAGUUCUUCUUGAUCGCCCAAGAUCUCGUCAACGCAUUGCAGCAUGUGGCGGUGGAUAACGCUCGGAGUCUGAUCGUGCGGGCCAUGACUCUGAAUGUCUUUAGAGCUUGCUUUGAGAUGCUGGAGAUGGUGAUGGCUGAGCAUGGAGCGGCGGUGAAGGCCUUCCUGAACGAGUCACUAAAGGCUUGGAUGCCCUUUUUUAUGGAGACACUGAAGCAGCCGCUGCCACCGUCUCUGAAAUCCGAAGAUGCGUCAUUCCGGGGCCUUGUCGCUCUCAAAGUUCAGGUGGUGAAGACACUCGACAAACUGCGACAAGUCUACGCGCAGGCUCUCUCUCCACAUGUGAUGGCCCUGUUUCAAAUCGUUUGGGAGGAAUUGACGAGGAUUGCAACGGUCUAUGCUGAACUUUACAUCGACGGCACGGCCGAAGGCAAACUGGUCGACAGCGAUAAUCUGCCGUGCAGUCUCGACGCACUUGUCCUGGAAGAGCUCGACUUCUUACAAGUCACCAUUAGAGCCCCCACGGUACGCAAAGAGCUCACGGCACAAAUGCAGCAACUGGGUGACGCACAACAUACUGUUCCCUGGCUGCAAGAGCUGAUCCGGGUGUUGGUUCUCUAUGCCAGAAUCCCGAAGGAGGAAGAAGCGCUAUGGGAAUACGACGCCAACUUGUACCUCUGUGAAGCAACAUCUCUUACAGCAAACUACACCCCCCGAGCAGCGUGCGCGGAACUCGCAGUGCGGAGCCUGGGUGAAUGGUUAAAGCAGAUUCCCAUUUUGGCAUUGUUGCAUUUCAAGCAGCACACCCUGUCGAGCCAAACGACAGGAUGGAAAGAACGCGAAGCACUGGUCUUUCUCCUCAACCAGUGCCUCAAAGACGUUGACGAUGUCUCGGGGAGGCUCAGCCCGCAAGCUUCUUCUGCGGUUGUCGAAGGUCUCUCGGACACGCUCCAGCACCCCAAUCCCUUCAUGCGGGCGGCAGGACAAAUGGCCGCAGGAUGUUUCUUCAAGGUCGCUGACGGUGAGCAAUUCCUCCACGCCGGCGCGGUGGCUUUUGCCAAUGCUGUAACCGCCUCGUCGAUGGAUGAAUCCGACGUGGUCAAAGUCGCGUGCCUGAGCGUUUUGCAUGACUACCUCGACGCUCUCCCACCGACCGUGACACGACCAAUGCAAACCGCGGUGGUCAACGUGGUGGGUGAAUUUAUCUCCUCGCACGACCUCCGCGACGAACUUGAAGACGCCGACGAUGUCAAGGCGGCGCUGAUCCAGCUCCUUCGUGACGCCAUCAUGCUGGACACAUCCACGAUCACCACUGACGGUAAUAGUGCGCUCGACCUGUUCUUCACGCUGGCAUCGGACGGCGCGUCGAAUUUCCAACUUUUCACUCUCCUCACCGAGUCUUUCGAGGGGAUCGUCUCGUCGGUGUCUUCUUCGGGACACGAACCAUAUGUGCGACUGUGCGCAAAAACCAUCCCAUCCCUCACCGGUGCAUUCGACAUCGCCAACAUGACCCAGGAAUCUGCGUUGACGAAUCUCGCCGCUGAGCUCGUCUCUGCUCUCGCUGAGUUCGGGUCCGACCCUCUACCGUCCGGCUUCGUGCAAGCUGUGAUGCCAAAGUUACAACGUGUGCUCAUGGAAGCCGUUGAGCCGGAACUCUUCCUGUCCUGGACAGAUUCUCAGGGGAAGUCGUCAAUCGAAGUGACGCUGACCAUCAUAAACCGCCUCCUCAACUCCCCGGAUGUCGACGAGAACGCAGGUCAAGAAGUUGGCGGACUGGCGUCGGUGUUAGUCACCAAGUUCGGCGCCGAUAAACUCGGACCGUACCUGAUGGAUUUGCUGCGCGCAGUGGCGGUGCGUCUUGCCACAGCGGAGAGAAUACAGUUUAUUCAGAGCAUCUGUAUGGUUUUCGUGGGUCUCUCGCUGGCAGCUCCGAAGGAAGUUCUCGAUUUUCUGAGCGAGGUGAACAUCAACGGGACCAACGGACUCAAUGUGGUCUUAACCAAGUGGCUGGAGAAUUCCGUGCACUUCGCCGGGUUCGAGGAGGUGAGACAGAACGUGGUGGCCUUGUCGAAGAUAUUCGCCCUGCACGAUCCCCGAGUCCACGCGGUGAGCGUCAAGGGGGAUUUGAUCGUGGAUGCUCGACCGGGCGGACGGAUCAAGACACGAUCGCAGGCCAAGUUAAACCCGGACCGAUGGACGCAGGUCCCGGCAGACCUGAAGAUCCUGAAGAUCAUGGUCGACGAGCUCGCCAACGCCGCCACCUCCAAGUUUUCUGAUCUUACGGCCGCCCAAGCAGCCGCCGAGGCGCUGGACGAGGAGGACGAGGAUGCCGACGACGCGGACGAGUGGGAGGACGUGGGCUCGGCGGGCGCCCUGGACCUGGCCAGCGCCAGCGUCCGGAACGACCUGAUGGCCCUGGUGGGGGGGACUACGGGCGGCGACGGCGCGGACGAUGAUGUCCUGAGCCACACGGGCUCGAGGGCCCGGGACGAAGAGACUGCCGACUACCUGCUGCAGUGGUUCAAGAACGAGGCGGGCCGGGACGGUUUUGCGGCUUUAUUUGAGCAGUUGACCGAGGAGGAGAAGGGAAAGUUGAGGGAAUUGGUCGCAUGA